AUGCAAGUUGAGGACACAUUUAAACUGGAAAGCAAGUUAUCAGCAAAAGCCACAUCCACAGCAAUAAAAGCCAAAACCACAACCAUAACAUCAAAAAAAAUCUCAUCUCAUAACAUUCAAGCAUUUAGAUUGACAAGCUCACAGUUAUCUGUAUCAUCCUUAUCAAGUCAUUCAGCAAGUGAUGUUAGUGACGAUGAGGUUAACAGGCUACCAACAAAAAUCGCAAAACGUGUCAAAUCAUUCCAACCACGUACUUCACAACUUGAUCGUGAAGCAAUAGAAAAUAACGAUUUUAAACCUCGUGGAGUCUUCACUUUUUUUUGGAUUGCAAUGUCAUUCUAUUUGAUGAAUACUGGUAUACAAAACUUUCAAACAAUUGGUCAAUUUGUAGGUUUAUCGUUUUACAAAUUGUUCACAAAAGAUUUCCUAGUGUUGAUGAUAAGUGAUGCUUUUAUGGUUGGAUCAAUGUUUUUUGUGGUUAUCCUACAAAAACUCAUUUCUAUUGGUUGGAUUAGAUGGCGUUAUACUGGAAUGAUUAUUCAACACGUAUUCCAAACAAUAUUUUUAUUUGUGCCCAUUUAUUGGUCAUUUUUUAGAGGUUGGCCAUGGGUACAAAGUGGUUUUUUCCUACUUCAUACGAUUUCAAUGUUGAUGAAAUUACACUCAUAUUCUUUCUACAAUGUUCAUCAAUUAAAAGAAGUAAUUAGUCAAGUUGAAGGAUACCUCAAGAGUCCUUUGGGAAAUACACAAUAUCCAAAUAAUAUCACUGUAUCAAAUUUUAUAGAUUUUUUGUUGGUUCCCACUUUAGUUUAUGAACUGGAAUAUCCAAGAACCAAAGAGAUUAGACCUUGGUAUGUUUUUGAAAAACUUUUAGCAACAUUUGGAACAUUUUUCUUACUCUAUGUAAAUACACAGUCCUACAUCAUACCUGUUUUACUAAAUGCAUCAUCUACAUCUGUUUGGGAAAUGAUU